AAAUCAAGAUACCAAGAUGGCAGUCAGUUCAUUUCACCGUGGGCAAUGGGCCUCACAGUCCUUGAGAGUUACGGCAAAGGAGCUCUCCAUUGUUGGUGUGCGAGGCAAAAGCACGGCCAUUGCUGAACGAUUUUCCAAGUACCAGAAAGCAGCAGAAGAAACAAGUUCAGACAAGAAAAAAUCUCUGGAGAAAUCGACUCCUUCCAUGCGCAACGGCAAUCUGAGUAUCCUAAAGCAGCUCUGGGAACAACCAGCCGAGACGCCUAGAUCUCCAGAACCCCAAAUGCACUCACGGCAGACGGAGAUCCAUCAGCAGCACCCUUUAGAUCCCAGUGUUGACACUCCACUGGAAUCCACAGACGUCCAGAUGUUGAGCGACAGUGACCAGCCGAUGGAGAAGUGGACGCCAAGAGAUGUGGAGACUCCCACUGUGCCUCUCAACAGCCUGAAGAUGAUGUUUGAGAAAGGAGAGACCAUUCACAACAAUGUGUCCAGAGAACCAGGGAAAACAGGAGACAGUGGAUCUGAGAAUAUGGAACCAGGAGACAAAGAAAGUCUUGACUCUGGAGUCAAAAUGGUGGAGUCAACCCCUCUCAGGGACAGAAUGGCCAUGUACCAGGCAGCUGUGACUAAGCACGAUUUCCCUUCCUCCCCCACCAGUGAACCAGCAGAUAAUGAAGUCCGGAGUCACAGUGGGAAGCAGAAGGAAAAUGUGCCGCCAGUGUGUGCUGAUGUGGGCUCUGAAUCCAACUCUAUGAAAAGUCCCACUACAGACAAGAAUGGCUCUGUUAUAAGUCCGGAACAAAACCAGUCUAAAGCUGCUAGGAAGUUCCGUUUGCCUGUCCGUGAAACCUGUGUGACGUGCCUUAAGACCGUGUACCCGCUAGAGAAACUUGUAGCGAAUCAGCAGAUUUUCCACAACACCUGCUUCCGCUGUGCCUACUGCAACACUAAACUCAGUUUGGUGAACUAUGCUUCUUUGCACAACAACGUUUACUGCAAGCCACACUACUGCCAGCUGUUUAAAGCCAAGGGCAACUACGACGAGGGUUUCGGCCACCGACCCCAUAAGGAGCUUUGGGAGACUCGAGGAGAAGAAGCCGAGGAGCAAGUGAAGCUCUCACCUCAAGAAACAACCCCCAGCCCAACAGUAGAGGAGUCUCCACUGGUAAAGGUUAAUGUGCUUGCGGCCAGUUUAGAGACCCGAAAACAGGUCGUCUCUGAGAGGGUGGAGAAGCCGCUGGAGACGGGACGCCUCAAGAUAUCCUGGCCUCCACAGUCAGAAGGGGACGAGAGUGCGACCCAUGUGUGUGGAGCCACUGACGGCAGUGGCAUCAAACCCAUCCGCCCGAAAUGGCCUCCAGAGGGCGACUCUGUAUCAAGCAACUCGGACCAAUCUGAUUUUCCAAAGCUUCGCAGGAGCGUCUCUCUCAAGGAGAGAAGCAAACCGUUUUCCAUCUUCAGCGCUCCACCGGUCACUCAACCCAACAAGACAUGCCAAAGAUCUCCUUCAAAUGAGAAGCCAGACUCUUCUGAGGAAAUGUCACCCGUCUCUUCCACCACAGACACGCUGAUCUCUUCCGAGGACAUGACUGAACACAACCAAUCAGAAGAGGAGGAGGAGGAGGAACAGGGUGAGACCAAUGAGGAAAGGAUGGAACAGGAGGAGAAAGUGGAUGUCCAGGAAGAGGAACUUUCCUCUCUGAAGUGCAGCUCACCGGAGAUCAGUCCUGCAUCGUCGCCCGAGAGCGAGUCCGGGCUGGAUCCCGAGGAGAACAAGGCCUCACAAGAUGUGGGCUUCUGGGAUGGAGAAGAAGCUGAGGAAGAUCGAGCUGAUGUGUCCGUGGAGGACCUCAUUAAGAGGAACCGGCAUUACGACGACGAGGACGAGGAUGAGGAUGAUGUGGUCUGACUGAGCGAUAGAUUAGAUGUCCGUGGACUUUCAUUUCCCAGAAGCACCAGCGUAUUUUCAUGUAGUCUGCGUCGUGGGUCUCCGUCUGUCUUUUGUGCAAUUUUUCAUGUCUUCAGCUUUUACAUGUGCCUAUAAAUGUAAAUGAACUAAAAACCAAGUAGUUGUCAGGUUAUUCAGAAGGCUUCUCUAGUCUAGAUGAUACACUACUCUUAGUCAUUUCAAGCCUAGGUUUAGGAUAUUUUAAUUUGUUUGGUACUUUUUCUAUAUUUUAUAUUUUAAUAGACUAGAAUAUUUUAUUCUUAUGCUGUUCAAAUUCAAAAUAUUAGCAUUUCGAAACAAUUGA